UUUGCCUUUCGACUCACUGUUUUCCUGAGUUUCCAUUGGUGGAGCUUAUCUCCUCCUCUCCUGAUAAAACUCUCUGAUGAGACUGGAGCAGGUGUCAGAAUCAAACUCAAUGGACCAAAGACAAGUCUAGUUUUUAUAAUGGAAACUGAGGAUUUGGAGAAACAAAAACUGAUAGAUGUUCAGCUGGAGCCCCACACAUGUCGGAGUUCUUCAGAGGAGACUCCCUGGGACUCAGAGGAGGACUUUAGCAGUGCUGAGGCCCCGUGGUCCUCCAGAGGCGUCUGUCCAGAUCUGACCCAAGAUCUAAACCAGGAUUUAAACCAGGGUCUGAACCAGUCUACCGGGACUCCAGGGAUUCUGGGAGCAGGACAGGAGUCGAGGCGAGCUGCUCGGAGGAAGCUGUGGCUGGCCUGUGUGCUGGGCCUCCUCUUUAUGGCUGGAGAGGUCAUCGGUGAGAAGAGCAAAACACAUGAACGUAUACGAGGGUACCUGUCCCAGAGUCUGGCCGUGCUCACAGAUGCAGCUCACCUCCUCAGUGACGUGUGCAGCGUGCUUCUCUCUCUCUGCUCCCUCUGGCUGUCUGCUCGAUCACCCACAGACACCAUGACGUUCGGGUGGCACCGCGCAGAGAUCUUGGCCAUGCUCGUGUCCGUCCUCUCCAUCUGGGGGGUCACGGCUGCUCUGCUCUGGGCUGCUGUGCUCAGACUCUCAGAGGGACAGUUCCACAUAGACACCAAAAUCAUGCUAAUAACAUCUGCCUGCGCUGUGCUCGUCAAUGUGCUAAUGGUGCUGAUCCUGCACCAGCCCGGCUCCCCUCACUCCCACAGCCACAGCUCCGUCCAAUCAGAGUGGACUCAGAGGGCGGCCCGCGGUCCCUCUCGUGGUCCUGGCGCUCACGGUCGGGUCCAGACCAACGCCAGUGUGAGGGCUGCCUUCAUACAUGUGCUCGGAGACCUGCUGCAGAGUGUGGGCGUACUGCUCGCAGCGGCCGUCAUUCACUUCAGGCCUGAGUAUAAAGCAGCUGACCCCAUCUGUACGUUCCUGUUCUCUGCUCUGGUUUUAUGGACCACAUUUCCGGUCAUUAAAGAUGUCCUCAGAGUGCUCAUGGAAGCGUGUCCGGAGCACGUGCAGGUGGAGUCAGUGCGUGCCCUCCUGCUGUCCGUGUCUGGGGUCGUGUCUGUGCACAGCCUCAGAGUGUGGGGCCUCAGCCUCAGUCUCCCCCUGCUGUCCGUGCAUGUUAUUACAGAGGAGGACUCAGACUCGCAGCAGGUCCUGAUGAGAGCCUCAGACCUGCUCUGCUCACAGUUUGGAUUCUCCAACGUCACGAUUCAGGUGGAGAAACUUGCUCCUCAAACCAGGAUCUGAACAGAGUCGUCACAUAUUUAUCAUCACACAUUUACUGUUUUAUAAGCAUCAACUAAAUGUUUUUGUAAUAAAAAGACUCAAGGUGUA